AUGCAGACGGUCGUAGUUCUCGCCCUUCUCGUAGCCUCUGCACAGGCCUUCCUCUUCGGACCAGGAGGUCUCGGAGGACUUGGAUCUCUUUUCGGAGCUCCAGCUGGAGGAUGUGACCCAUGCGCCGCUGCUAGAGCCUCAUAUUAUCCACCACAGCCAGUGUACCAACAACCAGCUUACCAACCCCCGGUUUACCAACAGCCAGCUCCAGUAAGUCAUGCAUGUUAAGAAUAUCUAGGAUGAGUAUUGUAGGUUUACCAAACUGCUCCAGUUCAAACUUACCAGCCACAGCCAGCUCCAGUAAGUUUUGAAAUGUCAAGAUGAAUGGAAAAAUGAAUAUUACAGGCCUACCAAACUGCCCCAGCUCAGUACCAGACCGUUGCUGAGCCGCAACCAAUCCAGCCAGCCGUUGAAGCCGGAGCUGGAUCCUACGCCCAGGCCCCACCACCACCACCACCACCAGCAUCCUACGCUACCGGACCAGCUGCCUCCGUUGGAUACAAGAAGUUCUUCUAA